UAAGGUUACCUCAUAGCUUCUCUCAGAGCCUCAGAACUAAGCACAAGAACCUUCUACUUCCAUCAGGACAAUGUGUCCCCUGAAGUUCCUCAUCCUCCUGCUUCUUCUUCUGCUCUCCAUCACAGUCACGCAUCAAGGGCUUGCACCUUCUUCUGCCUCCUGCUGCACCCAAGUAGCCAAACACAUCCCGAGGAACAUGCUGCAGCAAGUGACCAAGGUCCAGCUCCAGAAGAAAGACGGGAUCUGCAACAUCAAGGCCAUCGUUCUGCAUGUUGACAACCAGUUAAAAUGUAUGGACCCCAAAAACCGUCUCCUUCAGAAGUGGGUGAGGAAGCAUCAUCCAAAGCAGGCUUGAGGCGACCCCCAGGAGGGUCUUCAUCUGUAGAUACGUGAUGUGCCGCCGCCGCUGUCUGCGUUUCUCUUCAUGGUGAUGAGCUCUUAGAUGGGGAGUCCAGCCCUGGCACCUACAGCACCCAGGACCACCCGAGGUCACUGCCCCAUCUUCUGCCACGUGAACCUAGAAAUACCCUUUAAGACGCAGAGCGCGGUGGACAAGAAAAAGGAGCGUCUGGGACUUUAAAAAAUUGUCCACGUGGGUGGGAUCGGAAACAAUGUCAGCGCUGGAUCGGUGGCUAUACAUCGGCGGGUAAUGACUAUUAGGUUACAUCACGCCUUGCCCUGACGACGUCCAGAUUUUUCCAAUAUUGAACUAUCCCUUUAAGGUAAUUUUUAUAUAAGUAAAACGUAAUCUCUGCAUAGAUGAGAAUUUCUAGAACUUUCUAAAAGACUUUGUGCUCUUCCCCAUUUUCAAGAACUCUGCUUGCUGUCAGUGAAUGGAAACCCUCUUGUUUCCAUCCAGAGGCAGUAAACCUGUACACACCUAGUCCUGCUCUCAGCUGAGGGUCCGUUACACUCGUAUCCAGUGAUGCGCACACCUCUCUGCUGGUUUGUUACAAUGUAUCAGUCUGGAGUCCGGUUGUUUAGCUACAAUUGUAUCCAGUUCUCAGGACUAGCUAUAUUCAGGAUCACUGCCUCUGAAUGUAAGGAGAGUGUGUGCAUUCACUGACAGCAAGCGGUGAUCUUGAAAAAGGAAGGGUAAUUGAAACACAGACCAUAUUAGGAAGCUGUAGAAGUUUUUUAUUUAUACAGAGCUUAAAGGGGCAUUCUGGUAAUUUCAAGCUACCCCCCUCCCCC